CCCGGCCCGGCGAAGGGGGCGGGACUCUCUGGAGCUCUGAACUGGAAAAACGGGAGGGGACAGGGUGGCGCCAGCAGGACCUUGAGAGGAGGCAGAACACCGGAGAUAGGCGGGUUAGAGCAGAGACAGGCACCUGGCAAACCUCACCUGAGGACGCCAAGGCCACCCUUGUCCAGUUAAUCCUCUUCCCCGCCUGCGCUGGAAGGAUUCUCACCUUGUGCCCCGACCUCAGCCUCCUUUCCAAGCCCCACUGAGGAGUGACUCACUUCUGGGCCUCCAUCCACAUAGCCUCCGCCUGGCAGCCCACAGGCGCCUGGUCCAAGGCCUGCUGCCUUCACCAUGGUGAAGCUGCUGCCCGCCCAGGAGGCAGCCAAGAUCUACCACACCAACUAUGUGCGGAACUCGCGGGCGGUGGGUGUGAUGUGGGGCACGCUCACCAUCUGCUUUUCCGUGCUGGUCAUGGCCCUCUUCAUCCAGCCCUACUGGAUCGGUGACAGCGUCAAUACGCCCCAGGCGGGCUACUUCGGCCUUUUCUCCUACUGCGUGGGCAACGUGCUCUCUUCCGAGCUCAUCUGCAAGGGCGGCCCUCUGGACUUCUCCUCCAUCCCUUCCAGAGCCUUCAAGACAGCCAUGUUCUUCGUGGCCUUGGCCAUGUUCCUCAUCAUUGGCUCCAUCAUCUGUUUCAGUCUGUUCUUCAUCUGCAACUCGGCCACUGUCUACAAGAUCUGUGCGUGGAUGCAGCUGGCUGCAGCCACAGGUUUAAUGAUAGGCUGCCUGGUCUACCCAGACGGCUGGGACUCAAGUGAGGUGCGACGCAUGUGUGGGGAGCAGACAGGCAAGUACACUCUGGGCCACUGUACCAUCCGCUGGGCCUUCAUGCUGGCCAUCCUCAGCAUCGGCGAUGCCCUCAUCCUCUCCUUCUUGGCUUUUGUUUUGGGCUACCGGCAGGACAAGCUCCUCCCUGAUGACUACAAGGCAGAUGGAAAAGAGGAAGUCUAAAGCAGCUGAAGGGCCGGUCAUUUAUUUCCCAGACAAUGGAAAAUUAGGGCAUCUAAUUCUUCAGAUAUAACUCUUUCCUCCAGCUUCCUUGUCCCUGGCCCAAGUUGUGCAUCGUGGUUGGAAGCUGACCAUCUCUUAAGACAAGACUCCUGCAGCACAGAGACCUCUUCCAGGUGAAGCAGAACUGCAGUGACCCUUAUCAAAGCUGUUCAGAGGCAGAGUGGCAUGGGAGUUGCUCAGCCAUGGAGGAGUCCGAAUUUCAUUCCUAUCUUUUAACACCAGCUUUUCUGUAAAAUGAGAGGCCUGGCAAGUCCUCUCUAGGGGUCUCUCCUCAGUCUCUGGCAACUACUUCACGCAGGGUACAAUCAUUUCAAGGCACACACAGAAACAAAUGCUAACAGCUCUAAAAAGGUCACUGAAGAAGAGGUGGCUGAAAGUAUGUUGGAUUAAUUCAAGCUGAUUGUGGGGGAAGGGGGGUCUCUUGCUUCUCCCCGCUUUUUGCUUACUUACUGAUGUUCAGAGAGGCAAGGAACGGUGGAACCACCAGAAUCUGAAUCCUUUAACAUCCAUCAGUUAGUCUAAUUGGGUAAAUAUACGUAGGACCUAAAAACUCCUGAGGUGGUGGAGGUAUAGUUCAGUGGUACAAAGCUUAUCUAGCAUGCACAAGACCUCAGGUUCAUCCCUGGUACAGUGAACCAAAAACCCUUUGAGACU